AUGGUAACUUAUGUGCCGUCUAACCAAGUAAAGGCUAAAUUCAUCCAGGAUAACCAAAAAAUCAGCUUAAUCCCUUAUCUAGGUAGGUCAAGGCUAAAAUCCCAGUUUAAUCCCUUAUCUAGGAAAUCACAGCUUAAUCCCUUAUCUAGGUUUUGUGUAAUACCCAUCAGGACACAGGCUAACAACAACAACAAAAAAACUGACCAACUGCCUGAACCAGCGACUUUCUAAAGUUACAGUACCCUGACUCUGGGCGUCCUGAAGGGCCGGUACCUACGUCAUAUGGGGGGUGUGACUGAGUCCAGACCAGCAGAAGCUUCUGAAGCGUGUGGUGGAGGCGGAGCUUCUCAAAAUGCAGAAGAAUCAGACUGAAAGCGAGCUGUCUGAGAGAGCAGCCACAGGAGAGGCCGCACACCACACACUCCUCAAACGCAAGAGGGAAGAGGAGGAGGAGGAGGAGGAGGAAGAGACCACUACAAAGGCCAAGACAAAGAAAUCGCGCCAAGACAAAUCCCCUGAGAUGCUGUGGGAGAAGAGAGCAGGGAAGAUAAACCCACCCAGCGGGGAGGAGGAGGAGGAAGAUGAUGAGGAGGAAGAGGAGGAGGAGGAGGAAGAAACACAACAGAUGUCCAGCGGAUCAGAAGAGGACCGUCCUUUACAAAGACGCAAGCAGCCAAUCAGCCUCCAGAGCCGCAGGGACGACCAAUCAGAAGAGGACCGUCCUUUACAAAGACGCAAGCAGCCAAUCAGCCUCCAGAGCCGCAGGGACGACCAAUCAGAAGAGGACCGUCCUUUACAAAGACGCAAGCAGCCAAUCAGCCUCCAGAGCCGCAGGGACGACCAAUCAGAAGAGGACCGUCCUUUACAAAGACGCAAGCAGCCAAUCAGCCUCCAGAGCCGCAGGGACGACCAAUCAGAAGAGGACCGUCCUUUACAAAGACGCAAGCAGCCAAUCAGCCUCCAGAGCCGCAGGGACGACCAAUCAGAAGAGGACCGUCCUUUACAAAGACGCAAGCAGCCAAUCAGCCUCCAGAGCCGCAGGGACGACCAAUCAGAAGAGGGCAACAAUAAGGAGGAGGAAGAGGAAGACUCCUCGUCUGAUGAACAAGCACCCGCAAGGAAAGGGCACAAAGAAGGGGCGGGGCCAGCCACAGGUGGGACGUUCCCUGGGGAUUCUGACUCCUCCUCCCUGCCUUCAUUGGAUGAGGAGGAAGAGGAAGUAAAAAAGCCAGAGGUGAAGGCGGAGCCAAAUGUGAAGGCGGAGCCAACGGUGAAGGCGGAGCCAAAUGAGAAGGCAGUGCCAAAGCAGAGAAAGAGGAGGAGCAAGGUGAAGGAGGAGAGCAACGCCAGAGAUGGCAAGGAGGAGCAUAAGUCGGUGUCCAGGCUGAAGCACUACAUCGCCCUCUGUGGUGCGCGGCGGAACUACAAGAAGCUGCUGUCGAACUGCCACUCGGUGGAGACCCAGGUGACCACUCUCAAGGCUGAGCUGGAGGCCCUCGGAGUACACGGCCAUCCUUCCGUUAAGAAGUGUAAGAUUGCUCGUCUGAAGAGGGAGGAGGCUCAGGAAUUGGCAGGACUGGACAUGAGUAACAUCAUCGCCACUGAAGGUCGUCCGCAGCGUCAGGCUCCUCGCUCAGCGUCCAAGCGGCUUGUGGACUCCGACUCCGACAGCCCGUCCACCAGGGGGAGCCAGCGCGCCACAGACUGGAGCCGCUUACGAGGCAUCAUCAGCGACGAGGACAGCGACUAGUGUGUGUGUGUGUGUGUGUGCGCGCUUACGAGGCAUCAUCAGCGACGAGGACAGCGACUAGUGUGUGUGUGUGCGUGUGCGCUUACGAGGCAUCAUCAGCAACGAGGACCGCGACUAGUGUGUGUGUGUGUGUGUGUGCGCUUACGAAGCAUCAUCAGCGACGAGGACAGCGACUAGUGUGUGUGUGCUUACGAGCCAUCAUCAGCGACGAGGACAGCGACUAGUGUGUGUGUGUGUGUGCGCGCGCUUACGAGGCUUCAUCAGCGACGUGUGUGUGUGUGUGUGCGUGCGUACGUGUGCGCACGUAUGUGUGCUAGUGUGUUCUUCCCAAACACAAAGUGCUUUGUCUAUUAUAAAUUAUCAUUUUGUUAAAUAAUUGUCUUGAGGUUUACUUGUUUGUUCAUAUACCUUUUGUUAUAAGAAUAAAAUAUUUUUUAUUGAGA